UGUCCGGUUGCUUGUUCUGCACUUGUUGCCGCUUGAUGUUCUUGCCCAGAUGAAUGGUUCGCUGGAAGACAUGGUGAAUGGUACCCUGUUGAUGGGGCCAGCAGCAUCCACAGAGGGUGCCACACCUCCUCUCAUGUCCUCCGACUUUCCGAAUGAGACGGACAUGAAAAACGUGACUGUGGUCCGCGCUGGAAACAGAACUAUCAUUGGAGACGAGAUCUUUUUGAACACGAUAGCUGCGCAGGCCCUAUCGGGAAUCUUUGUUUGGUCAGCGCUGCUCAUCACCUGCCACCAGAUUUACAUGCACCUGCGGUCAUACACCAUCCCAAACGAGCAGCGCUACAUCAUCCGGAUUCUCUUCAUCGUCCCCAUCUACGCCUUCGACUCCUGGCUCAGCCUGCUCUUCAUCAGCAACGACCAGUACUACGUUUACUUUGAUUCCAUACGGGAUUGCUAUGAAGCAUUUGUCAUUUACAACUUCCUGAGCCUGUCCUUUGAGUACCUGGGGGGAGAGAGUGCCAUAAUGUCUGAAAUCCGGGGCAAGCCCAUCCAAUCCAGCUGCCUGUAUGGAACCUGCUGUUUGGCUGGAUGCAGCUACUCCAUUGGCUUUCUACGAUUCUGUAAACAGGCAACUCUGCAGUUCUGCGUUGUAAAGCCCAUCAUGGCUGUCAUCACCAUCUUGCUACAGGCCUUUGGAAAAUAUCACGAUGGAGACUUUAAUGUGACGGGUGGAUACCUCUACAUCACCAUCAUUUACAACAUCUCCGUCAGCCUGGCCCUGUACGCGCUCUUCCUCUUCUACUUCGCCACCAGUGACCUGCUGAGGCCGUAUGAACCCGUGCUCAAAUUCCUCACCAUCAAAUCCGUCAUCUUCCUCUCCUUCUGGCAAGGCAUGGUGCUGGCCAUCCUUGAGCGCUGCGGCGUCAUCCCAGAGGCAUUGGUCAUCGACGGACACGAGGUGGGGGCCGGCACCGUCGCCGCAGGCUGGCAGAACUUCAUCACCUGUAUCGAGAUGUUUUUCGCCGCCAUCGCACUCCGCUACGCCUUCACCUGCACGGUGUACCAGGAGAAGGAGGCCGAAACACCAGCCAGCAACGCCCCCAUGCAGAGCAUCUCCAGUGGCCUGAAGGAGACCAUAAAUCCGGGGGACAUGGUUCAGGACGCCAUCCACAACUUCUCCCCGGCCUACCAGCAGUACACACAGCAGUCCACCCAAGAGGUGGUUCCGCCGAGCCACAACGGCACGCCCGGGUCCACCCUCAGCACGAAGAAGAACGACAAGAUAAUGCUGAUCACCUCGGACGACGAGUUCUAGGGCCCGUUGGGGCAGUUCGUCACAUCAGCCAAACAAAAGCCAAUGUCUGCCCCCAAGGGUUACCUCUCAUCUCUGCAUAUAUGAUUGGAUUUUACCUGCAUCGAUCAUUCAAUCUGUGGCCUCUGAUUUGUCUGAUGUCUGAUUUGACCACAGUAUGCUUUGGCCUUCACUUUGUCACACAUUCCGUUCUCUUUAAGUUCAGUGAUUGCUGAACAUGUUGUGCAAGAAUUCAAAAAGAGAGUACGCUGACAUAAAUUAAGUUCUCAAAAUUAAGGGCAAAGCAUAUUGUCAUUAGGCUGACCAAAGUUAACCAUUUGCAAUUAAAAUGUAGUGGUGGAUUAGCACCAAAGCUGGAUAACAAUGGCAGAGACAAAUAACCUCCAAAUAAUCAAAUAAUGCCAUCCAAUGCAUCUAAAGGGGGUUAAUGAGGACUGAUUUUAUGCGGUAAAAUACAAUAUGCAGACCGUAUUGAGUCAUGUCUGAAGUUCAGGUAGAUAAACGCACCAACCACAAAAGUAUAUACUCUUGUCUUCAUUCAUAUAUUGGAAGAGGGUCUCAGUAAUGUUGGAAAUGAAGGACGAGAAAGCUCUGACUAAUAAUAGCCUUUGCAUGUUAGAAUAUUGAUAUACGGCAGCCUGCUGUGGACCUCCUGACGAACAGGAUGAGCUCUGUGAGGAUGAACAAGAUGAAGGCUGACAAGCUGCCUACAAGAAGGCGUUUGAUGCUGGUUUUUUUGCUUCAAAAUGUUGACUGUUCUGCACUGGUGUCCCUCUGUGUCCCUUGAUGACUUUGCGAGAUUAAUGUGUUGCAUAAAGGAUUGCAAUAUCUUUGUGAAUAUCCUCUUUAAGCAUUGAAAUUAUUCAUGACACUGCAAUACCAAACACGGGUGGAGAGGACAAGCUCCGUCUAUCAGCCUGUUUUAAUGACUAAACACUUUUAAAAACUAUGCACGCAAAUCUUUGUUUUAGUACCUUCCCUACUCAUGAUUGCACAGAAAAAUACUUUGGAGACUUCUCACCUUUCAUAAAGAAUGAGGCACCUGUCAUCUAAUAUAAUCAUGACUGUUUGAUACACGCCAUUUAUUUUAUUGCUAUGU